GCACACAGACCCGGAGCCACCGCGGAGGCGCCUCAGCCGCGGGACACGCCGGCCCGGAGUCGCCGCAGCGCCCCCAGCCCCGUCGCCCCGCGCCGUCCCGGCCCUGCGGGAGCGCCGCGUAAGUGCGAGGGCCGGGACGGGAGGGAGCUGCGGCGGCGGGACGGGCUGCGGGAGGGGGAAAGUUUGCCGGCUCCGCGGAGCCCGGGGCGGGAGCGGGGAGAGCGGAGCCGGGCGGAGCGCGGGGCCGGACUCGCUUGCCCCCGGCGGCGCCUCCUGCGUGGCGGCGUGGCCGGGGCUCCGCGCACCUGCGCGGUCGCCGGGGGCGCCCGGGUACUCGACCGCUCCUCGGGGGUCCGGCGCGGCCCCCUCGGGGGUUCGGCCGCGGGAAGAGGGGACGGUGUCACCGGGUCCCAACGUGGCACCGCGCCGGGCAGCCCUGGGGUGAAAAGAACGGCGGGUUCUGCGGCUCCGUCGGACGGCGAGUGCUGCCCGGCGGCGGGGAACGCCGCUGCAGAAGCUCGCCGUUGGGAAGUGCCCGGCCCGGCCCGCUUAACCGAGGACGAUACGGGCUCUCGGAAAUAGGUUUUCCCGCAUAUCGUCACCGAGUGUAGCACCACGUUGCAGCGGGAUCGGUGAAGUUCAACCACGCAGCGUCCAGGGAAGCGCCGCGGUUAAAUACGGAAUUAGCAAUAACGACCGUAGUUCGGCUCCCUUUUCUGGAUGUCGCUUUGUAAAGCCGAAAAGGGAGCGGGAUAUUUGCUUUGGAGCGGAGUCAGCGGCAGCCCGGGGACGCGGGGAGCGGGCACUGAGGCGGGCGCCCGAGGGCUGCGUGAGGCGCGCAGCGGAGCCGGGCCGCCUCGUGCUCGUGCCGCUGCCCGGCAGCGCGGUCAGGUAUCCGCAUUGUCCGCCCGCUGCGUUCGUUUCCCGGCCCCUGAAAGAGCAGGAAGUGGAGCUGGGCUCUGAGGGCUGUAUUGUUGCUAGAAGCUCCGUUUGAGUGGCGGGAGGAGAGCUUUGAAGACUUUAUUUAAGCUAAUAAUAUCCGUGAAUGCUCGUUACCUGCACCCAAGACAAAGGAUUACACGGCUCCACGGUAAUGACUUUUUCCACUGAGCGCUUUUAAGACGCGUGUUCUCGGUAAUUGCAUGAGGAACUCCGUGUGAGAGGAGCUCCACCUGGAUCUGAUAAUCCCGCCUGACCCUGGAGAGUUACUUCAGACCAACUUGCCUAUUUUUAAGAACUUUUUGUCUGUUAUCAAAAUACGAAAACCUGAGGAUGCUGACAUGAGUGACCUCUUCUGUUUUUGUCCAAGCAAACAAAUGCCUUUUUUUUUUCCUGCCCAGAAUGCACUGUGCAGGCUGUGAGGGAGGCUGGGGUCAAGGGCAGGGAGAAAAGAUACUAAAUGUGUUGCUUCCUUCCACGAGGAACCGGACAGAACUUCCUCUUAGUAGCAGAGCCCUGAGCAAGCCCUGAGGUGCUCUGGGGAUGUGACCUGUGCAACCAGUGCCUGCAUUGCCAACAGCAAAAGCCUUCAGACAAAUAACCGUGUAAAUGUGAGCGAGAUCAGACAAAGGUUCUGAGAUGUUGGAGAUAAGAGUUGUGCAACCCUGGUGCUGCUUACAGUCCCAGAUACUCGAGCUGAAGAGGAGCUGAUAGGUCAGCGUGGAGCCGACAGCUGCUGGAGCCCAUUGCCAGCAGUGCUGCUGCUGUGACCCACCAUGUAGUUUGCUGUGAGGUGGCCUCACAGUGGCAUUAGGUGUCCCACUUGUGGGGUGCAAACAACCAAAGCGUGUCAGGGAAGAUGGUACUGAAAGCACAGCUUCGAAGGAAAGCACACCUUGAAGUUGCCGUAAUGAGCAUCUGGAUAAGAUGCACCCUUGCUCUGCCUCCACCUUGAGGAGUUCAUUUGUUGAGCUUUGAGAAUAACAGUAUUACCUCCACAGGUCGUGAGUCUGUUCAGAAUUGCAGAUAACGAGAAGUGUUUGUCCACACAGUUUUGGCCAGGACAUCACAGGCAUCAGAAGAGGUGAAUAAAGAAGAUGCUAAUGUUUGAUCCAGUCCCUAUCAAGCAAGAAGCUAUGGACCCCGUUUCAGUGUCAUACCCAUCCAAUUACAUGGACCAAAUGAAGCCAAACAAAUACAGCGUCAUUUAUUCUGCACCAAGCAUGUUGCACAAUAAAUUCUACUCAAACCCUGACGGACUGUCGAAUGGAAUCCAGAUGGAGCCAGUAGACCUCACGGUGAACAAGCGAAACUCACCGCCUUCGGCUGGCAGUUCUCCCUCCCCUUUAAAAUUUCAGACUGUGCAUAGGAGAACUUCCCCUGGAUUGACUCUGUCCUCACCCAGCUCUCCCAUCAGUAAAUUCACGCCAUCACCCCCAGGAGUACAGCCGUUAUCCAUGCCUAUAACAAUCCCUCCUGUAAUGGCUGCCGCUCUUUCCCGCCAUGGACUGAGAAGCCCUGGAAUACUCCCGGUCAUUCAGCCUGUUGUAGUCCAGCCAGUUCCUUUCAUGUAUGCUCCCCAUCUCCAGCAGCCCAUCAUGGUGUCCACAGUCCUUACAGAUGAGAUGGAUAGUCCAAGCAGCAUGCAAGUGCCUGUUAUUGAGUCCUUCGAGAAGCCAGCGCUGAAGAAAACAAUUAAAGUAGAACCGGGAAGCGAACCAGCAAAGACUGACUUCUAUCCUGAGCGAAUGUCACCUCCAAUGACCUCAUUGUCUCCGCAGGAAGUAAUGCUGCAAGAGAAUCACCCUUCGGUUAUAGUUCAGCCAGGGAAGAGACCUUUGCCAGUGGAGUCACCAGACACGCAAAGAAAACGCAGAAUACAUCGGUGCGAUUAUGAAGGCUGCAACAAGGUCUACACUAAAAGCUCCCAUCUGAAAGCUCACAGAAGAACCCAUACAGGUGAAAAACCAUACAAAUGCACUUGGGAGGGAUGCACGUGGAAGUUUGCUCGUUCUGAUGAACUAACGCGGCAUUUCCGCAAGCAUACGGGAAUCAAACCUUUUCAGUGCCCAGACUGUGACCGUAGCUUUUCACGUUCGGACCACCUUACUCUUCACAGAAAACGUCACAUGCUAGUCUGAGUGUCUUCUGUCCCCGACUCCUGUCAACACGUUUUUUUACACAUGCAUUUUAAUUUGGGUUCAGCUGGUCUGAAUCUCUGGAGUUUAUACCAUUAAAAGCUUACAUAUGGUCAGUACUAGAUGUUAUCUAACCCUUCUAUGUCCUUGCCACGGGUCAGACCUAAAGAAUGUGAACAAUUAUUUGUUUUGUUUUUCUUUCUCCUGGGGAUGCUAAGCAAACCCUUUCUUCAGAGAGUAUGUUUAAUGUAUUCCAUUGUGAAUAAGGGAAUUUGUAAACAAACAGCUUUUGUUGGUUUCUUCAUAUAAUCAACCCAGUGUAUACUGAUAAACUAGUAAAUGUUUCUGAGUAUCAAAAAUGCUCAUCCUUGGCAGAGACAUUAUUUAUGUGCCCUGUACAAGGCACACUCAGAUUUUAUGCUCAGCAAUGCAGUGAAUGGACUUCCUCAACCUUGCUGAUUUCCGCAGUAUGAUUAAUACAACAGUUUUAGAAAGACACCUGAUUUAGAAAUCCCCUCUGCCCAAACAGUGGGUAGCACUGUAGAAAUAAAUCUAAGCAAUAUACUUUACACAAAGAUUGAGUCAUAGUAUCACUCACCUCAGUCAAGAAGAAAAAUUAGGAAAAAUCGGUCUGUACAUAACACUGUGCAACUAAACCAAUGUCAUCUGUCCUUUGUAUUAUACCAUAGUAUCCAACCAUGUUUUUAUUGCGUACUGCCCUGGUGGAUUUGUUAAAUGAAGAUCUUGUGUGAUGCUGUAUGUCUGUUUUGUGUGCAACUGUGUGGAUGGAACACAUACGGUACUCUCCUAUAACAUGGCAUUAAAGGAUAUUCAUAGAAACCUUCCACACCACAUUUCAGGGUUAUAGACUAUCCCUCUGUAAUCACUCCCCUACGUUUCCUCUACUCUAAAUAAUUUUUGUCUCCUUACUGUACCUCAGAAAAUAGAAAUCAUCGUGUCAGAAAUGCUCCAAUGUAUUGUUGCAAGUGCCACUUUAAUACACUACAGUAUUUUGAAAUAUUCACUAUAUUUUUAUGACAAGAUGGCAUCAAAUAUGAAGCACCUCUGAGAUAAAAUGAGUCAUGUAUCUGUUUGGUUAAAAGUGUGUAUGUCAAAUCAUGCAUUUGACAGCUCUGAUCUGUGGCUUUGAUAUUCUCCCAGCGCUGGGUGGGCUGAGCUUCCCUUGUGGAUGUGUCCAUCGCAUUAAAACAUCGCGUCACCAACUCCCAUGUCAGUAGCAAAGGCAGCUCAAUUGCUCAAAUACAAACAAACUGAAUUGAGACAACCUCCAGCUGAUCCUAGCAAUGUUCCAGUACUUGGAGCUUUCCCACAGGCGGGACUGUUUCUCUCCUUAUUAGCUGUCAGGUUCUGUGCUACUAAAAGGAAACAGGAUCUGUUUGUCUAGACUUGAGCACACUGUUGAGUGUUUGUUCUUCACCCUGUGUGAGGUGAACACAAUUCCGUGCCAUAUAAACUUGUUAAAAGUCAGAUUUUCCUUUGUCUUGGAAAGCCCCACUGGAAAACAAGGCUGUGGGGAGGAGAAGGUUUGCAAAGUCCUCCAGGAGGAGUCAGGUUGGAGGUCCAUCUGCAGGUGGGUACCUCAGGACCUGUGGAGAGCAAUGCUGGGCUGCGUUCUGGGGAGUCCAAGAGCAGCAGGCUGAAGUAAUCUGAAGGUGCACGGCUUGGAACAUGAGGAGCCUUCCACCUCUGCAUCCUUGAUGGUGGGGUUUCCAGCUGAUGUGCUAACAUCCGUGUACCCAUGAGAGCGGAGAGGGAGGAGAUGUGUUCCUAGAGAAGAAUGUUCAUAGUGAUUGCUAUAAAAUGCAAACUAUUGUUCAAAUUGUGUGGCAAACCUUACAUAUGUGAAUAUGGAACUGUCAAUUUUAUUUAAGGAACAGAGCCCUCAGUCUGUGCUCUGCAAAGGGCAGAAUGGGGAUUACCAUGGCUAGGGCAGUUCUGCACAGCUUUUAUAGGGAAAAUCCUUAAGCGCUUUGCGUCGCCAUGCACCGUCAGGACCUUUGGCUUGCCGGAUCCAUUCAGAACUGAAAAACUUCAAGAGCCAAUUGGUCCCUUUCUGUCUGACCGCUCCAUUACUAAUGCUGAUGAACGUGCAGGAAAGAGGUUGCUAUUCAUGAGCAGCUGGUUUAAAAUUGUGCUUUCUCAUUGGAUUUUUAUAUAUGGAGUGAGCAGUGUCUUAGGGAGUCAGACUUGGCCUCAUCUGCAAGACUCCAGGUUGUAACGGAGUGGUUCAUUGACACGGAGCUGUCAGUGGCAGAGGGCAGUGUGGAACUGCUGCAGCAUCAAACACAAGUGUACAGCUAUGCGGCGUCCUGGGAUAAAAACAAUUUUCAGCUGUUCGAGGGGGCAAAAAGAGGUGAGACCCUAUUGACCCCUGAGUGGGUUAAGGACAACGGAUCCCAUGCUUAGCUUAACAAAUUGAAAUGCCUGGGAUUUAGGAAGGUAAAGCAACAUUUCUUUCCAAUACUCUUUUUUUUUUUUCUGUAAAGGCUUUCACAAUUUAUUUUUUUGAUAGAAAUCUAAAAUACCGUAGAGGCGUCCAUUAAGUUGUCUAUGUACCUUUUUCCUGACAGUGUUUAUGAUAGUGGUGGGGACGAACACAGUGGAGACACAGUAGAACUUUUAAAUGUCUUUCGCCACGUGCCUUGUGAUUUAGGACACCAGAAAUCUAAAUAUUAAAUAUCAAUAUUUGAGACUAUUUUGUGUAAAUGCUUUGUUUAUAGGAUUUCUCACUUGGGUCUGUGGGUGUCUCUGUGGAAUGUCAGAAAAGCCACAUGCUGAUAGGCUUUCAUCUUUCAGCUGAAAAUGCGUGUUUACAUCUUCUGUGGCUCAUUGACUCAUUAGCAAACUUUGGUUUAAGGGCUGUUGUGAGAUUUUGUAAACCACACAACUAAAUACUGCUAAUAAAACAGCCAUUCCAUGUACGGCUUAAAGAGAAGCCCGUUCAGAUAACAAGACAAACUAAUCCUGCAAGCGGUGUCUAUCUUAAAAAACCCUUUCACUGGCAGUGUUGCACUGUGCACUAAGUAACAAAUGAUGCUGCUCCUGUUUCGUCCUUUUGGUUAUAAUGUUUUGCUGGGUUCUUUGACAAUCCCAUAAAGCUCAGCGGGUAUUACGGUGUGCUUUUAUUUAAGUACACACUGCUGUUGUGCAGCGAUACUUCUAAUGCCACAUCUUGUCCAAAUGCAUUGUUGUCUCUGUCAAGGUUAUCUACAUGUAGAUGAAUAUAAAUCCAUUUUACAUAUCCGAAUAGGGCUACACCAGUUUCCAUUACGUCUUACAGAUAUUAGCACUUUUAUGCUAUUUAUGUACUUCAAAUGUUAGAGGGUCAAAAUAAUCUUUCCGCUUAGCAUCUCUCACCUGCAGAUAUAGCAGGGAUGUUAUAUUUACUUCAAUAUGUGUAUAAACUAUGCAGAUUUUUUUUUAAUAAAAUGUAAUAUAUUUUAUAAGCUAAUAAGACUGAAUGGUAAUUAAAGGUUUCUAGCGUGCGUUACUAUAACUUGCAAAUAUGGAAACAUUUUGGUAAUCUUUCUUACUAAAGAUGUGAAUGUUUAAUGUACUUUUACUGUUUCUACUUUGGUAGCCAAUGGGAAUUCAGUAAUGACAUUUUGUCAUGUUGAACUGUGAACAGAAAUUUGUACUGUACAGUCCUCAUACUAUAUUUAGUACAAAAUACAUAUCUAUGAUAACUGUUAAUAAAGCCAUCAGAAUAUUA